GAAAACGGUGUCGCAGAAAAGAAAAGGACGGAGAAAAUGCACUGCAACAGCCAUGUGGAAGUAAGCGACUCAUUCGCCGUAGUUUAUUAGCCGUGUUGCAACAAAUUUGAUAUUAAAACUAAACUAACUUUGAAUGCAUGACCCUCAAAAAUCCAAUCUCUGUUGAAGCCAGUGUCAAUAGGCGCGGCAAGUGCAUGGAGUUUCUGGCACGGGGCGGCGAGGCGACGAGGAGGACGCCAGCUGCUCUUUCUACUAUCUUAGGAUCUGUAGGAUCUGGAGCAGUGACUCUUGAAGGACGAGAGGAACAAGAUUGCUGGGCGAGCACUUGACAAGCGUGAAGGCGGAUGAUAUCCACAACUAUGACUCUGCGAUAUACACCGCAGCAGCACCACUACGUUGCAGAUCGGCGAUCGUAGCGAAUUGCUACGGCCACGCAGCAGCACCACUCAACGAGCUACGUAAGCCAAAGGUCCAGUACCUCCACUUGCAGCACCGUCUUCAACUCCUUUUUCCAGUUCUUCUUCCCAACAUCCAGAAGGUGAUAAAUAUAUUACAGGUGCUCCUGUGAUCAUAUAUGUCAAUGUCGUGUUCCGAUGAUGCUCUAGUUGUAAAUGACCUCUACCAAGCCACAUCCUUAUAGGAUCAUAGCUUCUCAGGCGAGACCAGACGACGCGCUCUCCUUCCUCUAUGGAUUGCUCGUUCACAGUUCUCGCCAUAAUAAUGAUACCGAAAUUUCGACACCUGCUCGAAGCACUUGCGCCUUCCUGGCGCAUCUGCAUUCUACUUGUGGCGACCGCGAUGUUUCUAUCAUCCGUGGUUGUAGUUAGCAGGAGUACACUACUCAAGGUGGAAGCACCACAGUUGGAGGAUGAUUCAUGUAGGUCAUUGAGCAGUUACUGUGUGCUAGAAUUGCUUCAAACUUGAGCUUGCCCAGGGAGGGUUCGACAUGAAGCACAUGACCAUGACCAACUACAGAAGUAAGCUCGAUGUGUACUCAAAAUGAUCCUAGUCUCAUGCUUGACACAGACCUUCUAGCACGGCUAGCAGAAGCACUGCUCGCUACAAUGAUUCUACCAACUGCAUUCUCGAGCCACUCUCUAACCUUUCUCUCGACUUCUCUCCGGCCUCAACAGAACUGGUGAUUGCGCAAAGCGAUAAUAUCGUUUUCGCCUACAAGUUGUGUCUACGGAAUGGGAGGAGAGGAAAAGUAUGUGCAACAAGUUCUCUCACACUAGCUGCGUCACUCCUGCCUCUGCUGGCCCAGUAGACAUCAAAAUGAUAUCAUAUUUGGCCUUUCUUUUGUUAGAAAGGGAAUCAUGCCAAGGAUCCAUGGUACUAAAGGCUGAAGGCAGGGGACUUUCGUGGAGCAGUUGAGGAGUUGCGACUGGUUUGAGGUGGAAGUGAUUGUUUCUGUCGUGUGUGUAGUGAGUGUGAGGUCUCUCGAGCAUGUGUCACCCAUGUUGUCACGUGGAACAUUUCUCCAUACCACUUGCUCUAGAUCCUUUCCUCUCCACACCAGUGAUUAACUUGCCACUACACUCUCUACUCUUUUAAUCCCGGCAAAGAGGAAGCCGCCUUACUCUACUCCAGCGACUCCUUCGCUUUGCCCAUAUGUGUCCAGGUGCAGAUGGAAACAGCAAACACAAGUUCUGGGCAUGUGGAUGGCAGCAUACUUACACAGGUUCAUCUAGUUGGACACGG